GAAUAAACGGUCGAAGCGAUCGUUUAGUCGCACUAUGAAUUGAUAUAUAAUGAUUGCUAAUCAAGAUUCUACCGAUCAGUUUAUCUCAACGUUUCGACGCAAGCAAAAAUCAAUAAGCGCACCGCUGUUCUCUUUUUCGUCGGUUUCGUGCAUCUUAAUCGAAUGAUUAAAUAGAUUUUUGUGUGAUUUUACCGAAAACAGAGUGGAAUUUUGGUUAAGUGAAACUGUGAUAGAAAAAAACACAUCUCAUAUUGUUAGAAGUAAAGUUUUUCGAAAAAUGGGAAAUAAAUAUCUGUUCAUAACGUUGAAUGUAGUUUUGGUUAUUGUGCAAAUAGCCCAAAUCAAUGCACAAGGUGAGUCAUGUUAUACGCCAAAUAAUUCGUUUGGUACUUGUGUAGUGUUGCCGCAAUGUCCUUCGUUGGUGAAUUUCUACGGCCAAAAUCAGCGCAAUCCACAGGUUAUCAAUUACCUGUUGACAGCGCAACGAAAUUGUGGCACUAGAAGUUUUAACCGAAAUCCGCUUGUUUGUUGUGGUGAUCCGAUUAUUAAUCGACCACAACCACAACCUCAGCCCCAACCGCAACCGCAACCGCAACCGCAACCGCAACCACAACCACAGCCUCAGCCUCAACCAUUCGAUCCACAGCCUCAGCCUCAACCAUUCGAUCCACAGCCUGAGCAGCCGGAAGAAAUUCCACCCGAAGUCACAACGCAAAGAACUACACCACCAACACCACAAACAACUCUUCGAACAACAAGUCAACCUUUUAUUCCAGAUACUAGCUCAAAACUAACCGAUGAGUCAUGUCACGAUCCAAACGGCUUGGAAGGUAUUUGCAAAAAUAUCAAAGAAUGCCCAGCAGUUUUGAAUGAAUUCAUUGCCAAAAGCAAAGAUCCGGCUUAUGUGCAAUACAUUCAACGUUCAAAUGCAAAAUGCCGUAAUAUUCAACCUAACAUUUGCUGCCCACAUGAAAAUAAAUCAGUUCAGCCAGAUAAUCCAUCCACUCCAUUUAUCAAAGGACGAGUACUCACCGAAGAUGAAGGGUGUGGCCAAUCAAAUGUAACACACAAUCGAGUUGUUGGUGGAAACACGUCAAAAAAAGGCGCUUUCCCGUGGAUGGCAUUGAUUGGAUAUACAAACAAUUUGGGUGAUCAGUCUUGGAAAUGCGGCGGCUCACUGAUAACAUCACGGCACGUACUCACUGCUGCGCAUUGCAUCACAUCCACCUUGACACUGGUCAGACUGGGGGAGCAUGACAUUAGUUCAACAACCGAUGGAGAUGUUGAAGACAUUAAGGUUAUCCGAUCCGUACGACACCCUGACUACAGCAAACGUGAUGGAACAAACGACAUUGCAAUUUUGUAUCUUGAACGAGAUGUCAGCGCGUUCACAAAUCGUGUGCGACCAGUUUGUUUGCCAGUCAAUGAGCCAGUUCGAAGCCGCUCAUUUGUUAAUUAUCGACCAUUCGUCGCAGGAUGGGGCCGACUGCAGGAAGGUGGAAAAUCAUCGAAUGUAUUACAAGAGCUGCAAUUGCCAAUCCUCGAUAAUUUCGAAUGCAAAGAACAGUACCGAAAACAGGGUAAACUAAUCACAGAGAAACAAUUUGGUGACACAGCCAUUUGUGCAGGAGUCUUGGAAGGCGGUAAAGACUCUUGUCAAGGUGAUUCGGGAGGCCCAUUGAUGCAACCCAUUAGAAAUGAAGCGACGGCUGAAUUCCAUUACUAUCAAAUCGGGAUUGUUAGUUACGGUAUUGGGUGCGCCAGAACAAAUACGCCAGGCGUUUAUUCUCGCGUUCAACACUUUGUCGAUUGGAUCCAAGAGAAAAUCAUUCGAAAGAAUUUCGGUAUUCUAUAUUCAAAAACCGUUGCUAUUUCCGUGUUGAAAUCAACGCUAAUGGUUAGCUUACUACAAAAAAAAAUUACGAAAUAUUUGUGUCCUAAAGAAACCCUAGAAAAUAUCAAUCGUUCAUUUGAAGUUGUUUUGUGUCCAGAGCGAAAUAUUUGCAUUAGAAUUGGUUUACAAUUAACAGAUCAGCCAUGCAAUGAUCCAUCUGGUUUGUUUGGUGUUUGCAAACAUAUCAAAGAAUGUCCGCGACUUCUAAGUGAAUUGAUCGUUAGCGGUAAUAAUAGUGCUUUUGUACGAUACAUAAGACAAUCAAAUACAAAAUGUGACAAUGUAAAACCACUCGUUUGUUGUCCGUACGAUGAAAAAUUGGUGCCACAUUUUGAAACAGUUGAACCAGUUGAUCCAAGAAUUAGAGGACGUUUGCUCAGUGUUGAAGAAGGAUGCGGAUUAACAAAUAAACCACACACUAAAGUUGCUGGUAGUAACCGGUCGGCUAAAGGCGCUUUUCCAUGGUUGGCAUUAAUUGGAUACUCAGACAGUCCGGACGUAAUAUCCUGGAAAUGCGGCGGCACAUUGAUAACGACCCGGCACGUACUCACCGCUGCACAUUGCAUCACAUCAACGUUGUCAGUCGUUCGACUGGGUGAACAUGACAUCAGCUCAACGACGGACGGAGUCAUUCGAGAUGUAACGGUGAUUCAAUCAACACCACAUCUCCACUAUAAUCAACGAGAUGGAACAAAUGACAUUGCACUGUUAUACCUUGAACAAAACGUGGAUAUUUCACUACGUAUUCGACCGAUUUGUUUGCCUGUAAAUGGACCGUUGAAAAGUAAGGCAUUGCCGUCCAUUGCUGGAUGGGGUCGAUUUCAGGAAAGUGGACUCUCCAAACCAUCGAAUAUUCUAUCAGAACAAUCUAUAUUAAUUUUGGAAAAUGAACAAUGCAAGGAACGAUAUAGAGAACUAGGCAAACUAGCUUCAGAAGUUCAGUUUGGAUCAUCUGUGAUUUGUGCGGGAAAUUUAAAUGGAACACGUGACCAAUGCGACAUUGACUCAGGAGGUGGAUUAAUGCAACCAAUUCGUGUUGAUGAUGGACGAAUUGUAUUUUAUCAAAUUGGCUUGGCUUCAUAUAGUAUUGGCUGUGCAAGAACAAAUACACCAGGCGUUUACACUAGCGUUUCACAUUUCAUCGAUUGGAUUGUAGAGAAACUUCCGAUUGUUACUCCAUAUCGCACGAAAAUUCGCAACAACAAUGACAAUUAUUCAUUUUAAGCAUGAUAUUUUCAGAACAAUUUAAAGACUUUAUUUCUUCUCAUUUUUGCGUUUUUUC